UUGGUAGUUUUAUUCGCGCGGUUUCACUUCCUCAUCUCGUGACACUCAGGAGUUUCACUCUUGGUAGUUUUAUUCGCGCGGUUUCACUUCCUCAUCUCGUGACACUCAGGAGUUUCACUCUUGGUAGUUUUAUUCGCGCGUUGGAACAAGUUUGUUACAUUUCCUGGAGGUGACGAAGAAGAAUGGAUCAUCAUCUGAUUAUCAGUUUUCUUUUGCUGGUGUUCGCUAGCAGCGAUUUAGGGAGUACAGAAGAGCUCCAUGUUUCUUCCCCAGAGAUGGUUGAGAAGAUCAACUCGUUAAAUGUGGGGUAUGUGUCAAGAAUUCUGCCUAUUCAGAAACGUAAUGUCAUUUUGUAUCAUAUUCGGUGAAAAAGGAGGCAACAGGAACGGAAAAGGUGAAUUUACUGCUGAAAUCAGAAAAUAGAAAAUUGGUCUUUUAAUUUCUUUCGUCUUAAAAUUGGCAUAUCAACGGUUUAUGUCACUUAAAUACUGAUGUUCUCUUUCUUUCAGAAGUGGAAUGUGUGAUUCAAUUAAUGUUUCAUAAUUGAGAAGAUGGUACUCCUUUUAAACGAAUGUGAAUAUAUGAAAGUCAUAUAUUGAAACUGCGGAUAGAGACGUAAUGAAAGCGAUCACAAGAGUAGUACCAUGAAUAUGAAAGCGAUCUUCGCAGUAAUGAACACUACUUGAGCAGUAGUGAAAAUAAGGCCUGAGAAAAAUUCAGACUUGUACAGGAUUUGAACCUAUGACCUCUGCGAUACUAGUGCAGUGCUCUACUGCAUCGCAGAGGUCAUGGGUUCAAAUCCUGUACUAGCCUGAAUUUUUUCUGGCCUUAUUUUCACUACUGCUUAAGUAGUGUUCAUUACUGCGAAGAUCGCUUUCAUAUUCAUGGUACUACUCUUGUGAACAGCUUUUGGGAAUAUUUUUUUGUUAAUUUCAUUUAUCCAGACCCAUUAGGUUUUGGGAUUUCUCCUAUAAAUGGUUUGACACAAUCUUGAUCAAGAGAAAUGCCACAAAAAACUUAAUGAAUUUCCAGCUUUCUUGGCCAACCACUCAGUCAGUAAUAUGAAGAUCUUACUUUCUAUUCCCAUUCUUUAUUCAAUAUUUUCUCUAAAUACUAUGCAAACAUUCCUUCUUUUUUUUCAUCUGCGUAUAGUUGUUUUAACUAGCUUUGUUAUCAGUCUUAGGUUUUCAUGUCUUCCAUGAGGCUAAAUGUGCCCAUCACAUGAUACCACAUGACCUGCAUUACUCCAUGUGAUUUCUUGGAACAAUUGACUCUCAUUGGUGUCCCCCAAUUUAUUUUCAGUCUCAACUGCUGUUUUACAUUUUAUCUUUUCUAAGAAAAUUGUGGUUGUAGGCUAUAAGAGUCUUUCAGUCACUUUACUGAAGUGCAAUUUACAUUCACCAUACCUAUUUAAAUAAACAAUUUAAAUUUGUAGAACAAAACAUUUACACUUCUAGGUUCUUAACAACUUCUGAGUGCCGAUUGUGGGUAAAGCAAGAUUGGAUGCUAUGCACAGGGACUCAAAGGAUCUCUCCUGAAAUGUUUUCGUGUCAGCCAAAAUGAGAUAGGGCCAAUUAUAUAAAGUAUGUAUGAAUGACACGAUGAUUGCAGACCUCCUAGGUUUGCAAGAGUAAGAUUGUUUGUACUGAUAUAAGCUGUCUAUUUUAUAUCCAGUUGGCAUGCUACUGUUUAUAAGCAGUUUGCAGAAAUGAACUGGAAGGAAGCAAAGCAAAUGUUAGGGAGUUAUGGUGGAUGGCCCAAAGACUCUCCUCCCAAGGUCAUCAAAGAAGACAUUGUCAGUGAUAUUCCUGGAAGCUUUGAUGCACGUACAAAGUGGCCUGGCUCCAUUCACCCGAUAAGGAAUCAGGUAACUAUAAGAUUCAGUAAAGGUGUUUUUGAAUGGAGAUAAGGAAAAUGUAUUGCAAUGGAAUUCAAGAUCUAUUUUUUGUGCCUGCAAUACUUAUAUAAAAUACUUUGAUUCAUUACAAUUACUUACAACUACUUACUUCUUUCAAAUUAAACUUUCAUAUUCAACUGAACAGGGUAAAUGUGGAAGUUGUUGGGCAUUUGGAGCUUCAGGUGGGUCUACCUUAACUACAAUUUUAGUUGGGAUAAAUUUACAAUUAAACCUACAGCUAGACUGACUACUUGGAUUUUUAGUCCAUGUGAUUCCCCACAACUUGCCAUUUUGAUUUUGAAUGGCAUUAGAAUAUUGCAUUUUGGAUUAGGAAAGCUCACAUCUCUAGGAGUAAUAUCAUGCAUAAUAAAGUGAGUUGAUAUAGUCCAUUUUACAAAAGUAAAGAUAGAUGCAAUGUGAACCUGAAAAAAAUGUAUUCUCCAUUAAUUCAUACUGGCUGUUUGGAGCUGAGUUAAAACAUUCCUCAAAUCUUGGCUGAUAAGCGGCAAUAAUCAGUAUAUCUGUAAAACUAUAACAUUUAGUGUGAACUGUAAAGUAACAUGCUUUACAAUUAUAAGAUUGAAGAAAUUAUACUACAGCUGUACAUGUUACUGGGAUUAAUUUAAUGUGUGCUUACUCACUUUGUUUAUUUGGGAGUCACCCAAAUAUACAACAAAUCUCCCAGUUUCCUUUUUCUAAAAAAGUUUGCUUUAUCUCUUGGUUAAGGAUACAGAGGGGUAUGUAUUCUCUUAUAGAGAGAAGGUCAACUAACAGGGAAUGAAAAACCUGCCAACAUUUUCGUUACUGCAAACAUGUGGCUUUGUGGCUGGUUGGUUACAGCAACCAGUUGUAAUUAGUAACUGAGAGGCAUGAGUUUGAACCUCAUUGAGAGUUAUAAUUUUCUGGAAAUUCUCCAGUUUCAGUUUUGUUGGAAGAGACCGCAUUGAAUGGGUUAGGUUACAAAUUCAUGUGGUUAUAUAUACAAUAAAUCCAAAAUCAAGCAUCUCUUGGUCAGUGUGAUAUCAGAUUCCCAGAGGCUGGUAUUUCUGAAAAUUAACUAUUCACCAAAUCUAGUGUGGACCACAUUGUAUAGUUUGGUGUAUUUACUGGUCAAAUUUUACAUACAGUAUAGUUAAAAAAGUUAUGCAAACACCUGUUGAACAAAAUUCCUAGCUUUUAAAGGAGUUUUGGUCUAACACAAAAUUUGUGUGACAUUUUGACAUCUUUGUCUGAAUUUUGUGUAUCAGUUCACUGGGAUGCGAGAAAGCUCAAUUUCUAGAGUAAGUUUGUUCCUCCUGCAAAUUCACAGGGAACUUUUCAGAGAAAAUUCCUCCUUUGUUAUCCACACAAACACCAUUAUUUUAUGAAGGUUAACUACUUCAUAACAAAACACAUGGACUCUCUUGCUGUGAUCCAGUCUCCAACUAAACAGCAACAAUAGCAACCUUUGUUGAUGCAUUCCUAUCCAAUCAAUUUCUCUCAACAUUAAGAUGUGCUCAUGCUAACAAUUUCAGACUGAACAAGGAGUUGCAUUGAGUGCCCUCCAAGGCCUUCAUCAAGCUAAAUUAUAUGUUACUACCAUUGCCACUGAGAUUCACAGAUGCUAAAAUGUAAACAAACACAUUUCUAAAUCCUGUUUUUAAGUUCGCUUCUCUUCAAUUUCCGACAAAUGCAGCACAUCAGACUAAGAAAGGACAAUCUGAAGCAAGCACUUUUUAGCAGAAGAGGAUACUUACAAAUAUAGGUUUAGAAGGACAAACAGAACGUUGUAAUAUUUAACAGGCAACUUUAACUGCUGGAACUGCAGAAUGACAGAAUUGCAGAACAGUGGUACAUUAUCCCGAAUCCUAAAAGAUAAAAUGGCAGAUAAUCACCCCAGAACUAAAAGACAAAAUGGUGGAAAAUCACCUCAAAUCCUAAAAGACAGAGCAGCCGAAAAUCAGCCCAAACCUCUAAGACAGAAUAGUGGAAAAUCACCACAAAUCCUAAAGAACAGAGUGGCCAAAAAUCACCCAAAUCUCAAACGAUAGAGUGGUGGAAAAAUACCCCAAAUCCAAAAAGAGAAAGUGGCAGAAAAUCACCCCAAAUCCUAUGAGACAGAACUAUAAAUACAGUCAUUUCCUUUGGUACAAGGGAAAGGGUUGAGGGAUAGGAACUGUUAACAAAAACUUGUAUUAUGUCAACCAGGCAACAGAAGUAAUUAAUAGACUACACUCUUUAGCCAAUAGCAGAUAUAUUAGAGGAAAUUUUUAAAGGCAAACAAUUCUAAGAGAAAUCUAUCCUUGACAAAUUUCAAACUCAUAAAGUUCCUCAUUCACUUCCUGUCACACUCGAGGCAUGAAAAAAUGAUUUAUUGAAGGAGAGGACUGCAGAGAUCUUAGAAAUAAUCUUUGAAGAGAACAUCAGACACUCCAACUCACAAUUACACCAAAGGGGCUAUCCAAAUGAUCUAGUUUAAAGAAUUGUCACAGAGGUUGGUUUCACUAUCAGGAAAACAACACUCCAGGAGAAAAACAAAAUGCGACUAACCAUAUUGCCUUUUGUCACACAAUAUAACCCAUCAGAGACCAGCCUUAAAAAGAUUUUAUUGAGCAGCUGGCAAACUACUGAGAGGCAGCCUUGACUUUAUUUGGGAGAUUUAUUGAGAGCUUGCAAUAGUUUCACUUAAGAUUGAAGGGUCAUGUACUUUAAAAAUAACCAAGAGUCAUUUCAGCUUAUCAACCCACUUUUAACACCUUGACAACCACAGAAAAUCAUCUCAAACAAACUGGACAGCCAAUAGCAUGAUGUUACACAUUAAGAGCAAAGAUAAUUUUGCAGAUAUUGAUUUCAUUUCCAAAGAAGCUAUACUCAUGAGGGUAAAAAGAGGGUAAGGAAAGAUCUCACAGACUUAGAUACACAACCAGAAUAAACUAUGAUGCAACAAAGGAAAAUACAGUUUUGGGUGGGAUAUGUGCACUAUUUAUAGUUUCAUCUUCAAGGAUUUUGAGGAAUUUUCUGCCAUUUAAUAUUUUAGCAUUUGGGGUAAUGUUUGGCUGUUUCGUCCUUUAGGAUUUGGGGGGAUUUUCUGCCAUUCGGUCAUUUGGUUGUUCUGGCUUUUGGGGUUGCCCAACUGCAACUACUGUGGCAAUGAAUUAAACAAUAGAUCAGAUCAAAUUUGAAAGCAAAGCAGUCAGAAUAUCUCUCUUACUACAAGACAAACCUUACAUGAGAAACUUAUCUUUUUUAUUCUUGAGAAAUAAAUGAUUUCAAUUAUAAUACAGUUUGUGUAGAAAAAAAAAAGAAAUAGGUAUGUUUAUCCAUAUAUAUCCAAAGCCAUAAAAAUCAGUUGCUUGCACUAGAUGCCAUGACACCAUGACUUCAGAGGUCAUGUCUCAGACAUUAACUUAAAAUAAAUCUGCUAGAAAACUGUAGAAGCCAUAUUCCAGAAAAUCUGAAGUCAAACAAAAGGAAUGAAACCACACUAACCACUGCAAAAUGAUGCAAAACUCUGAACUUUAACACAAAGAUGGAAGACAGAAGGGUAAAUGCUCUUGUAUCACAAAACUUGGUACUUAAUUUUUUUUGCAAUGAUAUUUUAUUGUUUUGUAAUAAAUGUGUUAUUAAAUUAAAUCUAUUACUUACAGGGGAGAUCUUGGUAUCUAACCUAAACUGCAACAUUUUUGCUCCAUAGAAGCGUUGUCAGACAGAUUUGCUAUUGCCAGUGGUAAUAAAAUUGAUGUGGUGUUGUCAGCACAACAGCUGGUUGACUGUGAUACAGAUAACUUUGGUUGUUCAGGUGGCUAUCCUAUAAAAGCAUGGCAGUAUAUGAAUCAAGUUGGGUGAGUGUAAUUCAAUAAUUAUGAAACCACAUUUGAAAUCAGAAGAAACUUUUUUUACAUUCAAAUUUGACACUCCCUAUUGAUAAUGAAGUAGGGAUGAGUGGAAGAUAUGUUAAGUUAAGCAGAGUAUAAACUAACUGGAAUUCAUUCUCAUAAUUUGAUUAGUAAAUUGUCAUUAUUUCUGACUCAGCCAUUGGUUGAUUGACCUGAAACUGAAUGUUAGCUAUAACUCCCAGUUUCCACUUUUUGAAUCCUGUUUGCUUUAUUCAAGUCUGUUCUAAUACAUAUUAAACUUAAGAAUGAUGAGUAUAAAUUUUAUGUCAAAUUAAUCUUGGUUUAAAAAAAGAUAGCCCACAGAAUUAUACUACAGGUUGUGGGUUUUUAACUUCAGUGCUCAUUUGGUGUGAUAUUUUUGGUGCACUGGUUGGCAGUCAGGCAUGUUACAGGUUAAGUGUAAGGCUCACAACCUGUAUGCAAAAUAAUUUAAUGGAUCAGCUCUGAACUUGGAAAAUGAAUUAUGAAGGGGUGAAAUAUUGAGUCCAGUGACUUGACUUCAUAUUUUGAAACUUUUGGUGCACUCCUAGAAAGCACAUUGUCAGUCUCACAUUGCAUUUUCUUGGUGCAAUGGAUUGUGCUUCGCCCUGCAAGCAAAAGGUAAAGUGAUUGACUCUAGGCAGUUGGAAGAUCUUUGUUUUUGUUUGUUUGUUUCUUUUUCUCUGUUUUUUUAGUAUAUUCUCCUAAAGCAUAUGUUUUUCUCUUUUCGUUGGAAUGUCACCUUUUUCUGAGCAGAAAUUGGCAUUUGAGAAGCCAAUUACCGGAGCACAGUAUUUGUCUUUCCUUUUCUGCUUUUGAAAAAAUCAAGGGGAGGUUUUAAUCAUUCCAGAAUACAGUUAAUUGGUAAUAUUGUGUUUUUUUGGCUAUCAAUUAUAAAUUCUGAAUCAACAAGGUUUAAAAACAAGGCCCAUAAAUCCUGAAAUGUAAGAUGGCUUGUUGCCCUUAAAAGUAUAUUUAUCUGAGCACCUUUGCCAAUUUGCAAUAUUAUCUGUAUUCUAUUGUCAAUAUGGUCUAAACCAUGCUUAAGAUGUUUUGCACGUAUGAUGGAAAUAUCCAUAGACAGACUUGUGGGCACAAUAAGCAGUCUAUGUUCCCUUGGGCACAGUAGACACCAAAAACAAAUUUGAAGGUGCAAAGCAUGUGAGAUAAUCUUUCUUUUUUUUUACACCCAGCCUCCUGACUGUGGAAUGUUAUGGUCCGUAUCAGGCAGAGGAUGAACCUUGCAAGUUCAAUGGCACACCUUCACAGUGUCCCAGUGGUCAGGGUGUGUUUCAAGUUUACAAGGCAGCCAAUGCAUAUGCUGUGCAAGGAGAAGUAAGUGGUAUAUAAAACUCUAGAUCUUUGCCUUAGUGUGGAUGGGCCUGGAAGCAUCCAAGCCAGCAAGUUAAAUUUGGAUGAUUUGCUAUGCCUUUCUGGUGAGGGGUGAUUGUUAAUGAUUAGUUGAAGUGUAUUUGAUCUCCUGAAGUCUCUGAAAAAUGCUUAUUUAGACUUGAUUGAUUGUUGGUAAUGGUGCAAUAGGACCAAGCAACACAGUUUAUGCAUAAAAUGAACACAGUCAUCAACAUUGAAAGCAUCAGUAACUUCUAAUGUUGUGAAAUUGAAUGAUGGAGAAUUUCUGUUUUUCUACCUCCCUGGUAAGAAGUUAAGGGCUUGCGUAAUGGAAAGAUAUAUGCUCUGAAAGGCAGCUAAAACAUUUUGGUGCCAUUUAACUCUGGGUAAAAUCAAUUUUUGUUUCUGUACAUCAGACACAAAUGUAAGCCCAAUAGCCAGUGAGGUAUGUAAUUUUUAAGUGAUUUCCAAGCAGACUCGCAGAAUAAGCCUUGACUUAACUGCAGGUUGUAUCCAAUUAAAAUUGCAAAUCUGCCAAUUGACUGUUCAAUUAAGGUUUUUAAAAAACUCUCUACUUGUCUCUAAAGGUUGAAGCCAUUCAGUCUGAAAUCAUGACAAAUGGGCCAGUUGAAGGUAAUUUAAAAAGUACAUGUAGUUUUAUUUUAUGAUAUCUUAGAAGACUAUAUCCAAAAAUUAUUUUAACAGACAAGACUUUCCAUUAGAUCAUAGCUUUUGUGAACUUUACCUUCACCUAUAAAAAUUGAUUUUAAAGUAUGUUUUUUUCUCCACUCUGUUUUUACUAAUCUUAAACUUCACAUUAAGGCAAUAAACUAUUCUAUUUAACUGAUAUUUGGUUUUACUCUAUGUUACAGCAUCUUUCUCAGUGUACUCAGACUUUUUCUCUUAUAAGUCUGGUGUUUAUAUACACACCACUGGCACCAUAGUUGGUGGUCAUGCAAUCAAGAUGCUGGGGUUUGUUCUUUUUCUUUUAUACACAACUUGUUUGCUUUGAUCCUUUUACUUUUUCAGGACUCAGUUUUUAAGUAACCUUUAAAUGUAUUACAACAUUUUGAUCACUUUCAAUCUACUUUUAUUUUAUAUGUUAUAUGAUAACAUGUAUCUUACAUGAAGAGUCCAGGUUGUUAGAUUUUCAAGGUUAUAUUUUCAUAAGUUUUGGUAAUGACUUCAAAUUUUUCUGUUUUCCUCUUUUUGUAAGCUGUAUUAUUUUGUUGUGUCAAAUUUUGCUAUUUCAUAUGCUCUGUUUCUGUAGAGGUUUUCUAAAAUUUAGUGGGCUUCAAUUUUUUUUUUGUGAGGUGAUUUUAAUUACCGUGGUUCAUUGCUAAAAUUGUGUGAUCUAGAUCCUUCAUAAUAGUGAAAACAAUUUUGAUUUUAAAGUGAUCUUGACAAUAAUUAUAGUUCUUAUUCCUUUAUAGGUGGGGUCGGUCUGCAGAAGGCAUUGAUUACUGGGUAGGAGCGUUUGUUCUUUGUUUUCUUUUUCCCAUAACAACCAAUAAUGUUCUUUUAUUACGUUCUUUACAAUCAACAUAGUACAUAUACUUUAAGGAUUUGCAGUUACAUGUUUAUGAGAUCAUAUAUAUGGUGGACAGUUUUUCAUUUUCUGUCCCAUGUGUGGAUGCAGCAUUACUUUUAUCUUUAUUCUUACUGCAGAGCUCACCAAAACUUCCAAGUUUAGUUCUGUGGUCAUCUAUAUGACCAUUGUAAGUCCCAUGAAGUUAGAUAAUCCUUCACCUCACUGCUAUAUCAUAGGUAUCCCAAACUUACAAUUGAAAAAUGUUGUGUGUCUUGUCUUCUUUUUCAAUCAUUGAAGAUGAAGACAGGACCACAAAACUAGUCUCUGUGAUCUCAAAUAAUUGCAAGAACCCAAAAUGUAGCAAAAUUAAGUCUAUUUUAAUUAUUUUCAUUGCUUCAUCACUUCAUUGCUUUAGACUGAGAUAAGGCAGGUUUUUGGAAUAUUACAAACCCUUUUUAACCGUAGAAAGAAAGAAAGGCCCACAAUAUCUUGGUGAUUCUAUAAGCACUCAAAUUUUGAGUUUGGAAUUCUUGAAGUUAUCCAUGGUACCGGUGUGGUGGAUUGAUUACCAUGUAACAGGAAAAUUAUGAACUCACGACUUCUAUCACGUGAUAGUUGACAAGGGUGAAGCCAGAAUCAACCAUCAAUCAGAGACAUCGAGAGCGAAUAAUCCAAUGGUUCUAAUAUAAAUCUAUUAGUCGUUCAAAGUUCAACAACAAGGCAAGCGCGUGUUUUUAUUUUAUCACGCUUAUAACUACACGCAGUUGGGGUACUCCUUUUAUUCUACCUAGCCAAUCCAAUUGCAGCAUUUAUGAUGGAACGCAAGAAGACUUUUGCGAACAAGAUAUGUUGUAACUUUAGUAGGAGGAGGUGCUUAACAUAAAAUGUUAGAUGGAGUUAUUAGUAUUGCUCACCAAAUAUAAACACUAUUUAGGGAAGCUUCAACAGAUCAGUUGUGCUAGUACCAGGACUGGACUGAUAUUAGGGCUAACCAAUUAACAACGCUUUUUAGGAUGCUUUAGAAGAAUCCGUAGUAUGAGCUGCCAGACUGGACUGCAUGUUUCAGUAGAAGACGACAUUUAACGAUGUUCCACUCAACCAUUAUUAAUCUCUAUUUUUGUAGAUUUGUGCCAAUUCUUGGGGAGAUAGAUGGGGAAUGGAUGGUAGGCUUUUUCUCAUGAAAUAUGUGCAUGUGCCCGUGUAUGCACACGUGUCAUAUAUAAUCUUUGAAAAUUGGAAAAUAUCUUCGUUACACUUUAGUUUUAAGGUGGGCAUAUUCAGUCGCGUUCCAUGUUUUGAGGGAAACUUUUUUAGUAAAAGUCUUAUCCCGAGAUGAUAAACAUGAUAGCCUGCGGUUGGCGUCCUCUCCCUCAAAACUCUUAGUUUCUCUAUUCGUUUCUCAAAAAACAACGACGGUCGACAAAUUUCCAAGAAUGUUUUUGCGACAAACAAGGCUAUCAUUUCAAUAAGUUCGAGUUGUGCUCUGUCUUGCAUUCACAGAAAUUUUUUUUUUUCGUAAAUAUACGGUCGUUCAGAAUGUUUUUAAAAUACCAAAUUCGUUCGUGUACAACUGCUUAUUUCGCAGAGGCGCCUCGCGUGAUUUGCGAUAUGGUUGCUCAAUAUUGGGACAUAACACCAUCGUGAUUCUGAACGAACAUUUUAUUCUCGUUUUUCUCAAGCUGAUUGUUCGUUUGUUUCGUUUUUAUAGGAUUCUUUUACAUCCGCCGAGGCACAGAUGAGUGUGGUAUUGAAAGUGGUAUCACUGCUGGCAUUCCAUAUAUGUGAUGGAACCAACUCUACAGCUGAGGCGCUGACACUGUUCUUUGACAUUGCGAUGCUGUUUGGAGGGAGGAAACACCACAUUAAAUUUUAUAUUCCUUUCUUAGCGUUUUUAUGGUAAUUAGAAACUAUUUUGUUGAAACUCCUCUCAUUUACUGCAAUUUUUAAGAUAUUUAGGAUUAAACAAUUCUUAGACAGUACAUUUUUAAACAAAAGCUGAAUUUGAAUUUUAUUGUCAAUGGAAUUCUUAGACAGUGUGAUUUUACUGAACUGUUUUUCUGAAAAUAGUGAAUGGAUUUUUGUAGACUGCUGAAUUUAAAAUUUUAUUUUGUAGCAAUUAAAAAAGGCAAACACUGAGGCCUUUUACGUUUAAUUAAUUUCUAGGACUGUCAAAUUUAAUAAUUUUACACCAUUGAAAACGAAUUUUUGCUUCUUUUAUUCCGCUCACCCGAAAAAGACGGUUAUGCUAAUUUUUUUAAAAAAGUUUGAAUAAAAAAUUGAAAAGAAACACCUGGACCAAUCAUAAGUCAAAGUAACAAUUCCUAUGAAAUAUAUUAAGUUCAAAUAACAACGAUCAAAUCAUAAUAUACAUAAUAACAACAAUAUUCAAUAGACAUCUAGACAAAUUUGUGAAAUUUAGACUUUAGAAUUUAUAGACACUAACCAAGGGUCGAUUUCUGAAUUAUUUUAAGCUAAUAACAUAAGUGUUUUUUUAUAAAAUUUUUACUGUAGUUUAGCUCAUUGUUUUUGCAAUGAUAUCAUCGUUGACUUUUGUCCAAAUGUAAUGAAAUAAAAAAAUUAGUUUUACAGAAAUUACUUUUAUCAAUAAACGGAGCAUAUAUGAAGUAGGUAUUGGUGGU